AUGCUGCACGUUUGGGGGGCGGCUUCGGGUGAGGAGGUGGCCGCCAUACCGGUGGAGGAGGUGGAGACUGUUUUGCAGCUGAAGCAGCGCCUGUGUGAGCUCUGCGGCGCGCCGCGCUUUCGGCUGAGGAUUCUCAUUGAUGGCGCAGCCAUGGAAGACGAUGCCCCCCUGCUGUCGGACUUGGACGUGCAACUUCUCGCGCUUCCUCUCCGCAGCCUCUCCCCGGAGGAGCUGAGACUGUUGAAGGCGGCGGCGGCAGCGGGAAAGCUGGGGGAGGUGGAGAGGAUGCUGCAGGAUCUUCACGAUCCUGACCUGGCCCUCCAUGAGGCAGCACGAGCAGGUCAGGAGGGAGUGGUGCAGCUGCUGCUGGAAGCCCGGGUGGAUGCGAACCUUCGCGACAGCACUGGCCGAACCCUCCUCCACUUGGCAGCCACGGAGAAUGACUUGAAGCUGGCCCACUUGCUGCUGGAUGCGGCUGCGGACAUGAGCCUCGCGGACAGAAGCGGGAAGCAGGCCUUCCAGGUGGCACUCGAGAGAGGGCGGAUCAACAUGGCGCGCUUGAUGCUGAUGGCUGGGACAUGUAGCACGGAUGAGGAUGCCUGCACAGGCAUAGACAAGGAGGAGGGACUGCUUUCGGCCGCUAGCUUGGGCCAUGAGGAUAUCGUGCGCUUACUGCUGGAAAUGCAGGCCAACAUGGACGCGGUGGAUGAGAAUGGCAUGACAGCCCUCCAUCAAUCCUGUGCCCAAGGCAACUGUCGCCUCGCCAGUGCGCUCCUGGAAGCCGGCUGCGUUAGGGACAUCGGGGAUUCCGAUGGCAAGUGCGCUCUUCACUGGGCCAUCUACAAGAAUCAUCCUGCUGCGGUGAGGUUGCUGCUGCAGGCCGGGGCUAACAAAGACUUGGCGGACAAUACGGGCACGACGCCGCUCCAUGCGGCCGUGGGCCAAGGAUACACUGGUACCGCGCGCAUGCUCCUGGAGGCUGGAGCUAACGUCGACCUGCGCGACAGAGAUCGACAGACAGCUCUUCACUUAGCAUGUUUCCGAAACAACGUGGAUGCUGUGCGCGAUCUGUUGGCAGCCGGCGCAAGUAUAGACGUGCCAGAUGGGCAUGGCAGGAAAGCAUUGGAUUUGGCAUAUUCGAAAGAUUAUGUGGAGGUGGUCUGUCUCUUGUUAGCUGCUGGGGCUGAUCAAGCCUGGAUUCGAAGCAACCUUAGCGACGAUGGCAAUGGAACCGUCUUACACUGGGCAGCCGAAAAGGGACGCGCAGAUGCCGUGCAAUCGCUGCUACGCACAGGCGGAUUUGACCGACAGCCGUGGCCUGACAGCUCUCCACGUGGCGUCGGACGCGGGUGA